CUCUCUGCAAACCCCCAAAAGCCACAGUUUCAGUAAACAAGAAAAAAAUGGCGGUGUCUUUAGGACUUUUCUCAGCUUUAUCGACUGUACAAACGGCCUUAUUUUUGAAGUCGUCGUCUUCUUCUUCUUCUUCUGUUAGGCUUGCCGGUAAUCUACGGGUGGCGACAUUCGCGGGCUCUGCGAAGCCAGCUACAACGGAGCCAAAGAAGAGAGAACCAAGAGGCAUAAUGAAGCCAGGUCGAGUUUCGCCGGAAAUGCAGGCCUUCCUCGGCGGACUUCCGGAGAUUCCUCGGACUCAAGCACUCAAGUUCAUUUGGGCUCACAUCAAACAACACAACCUUCAGGAUCCGGAGGACAAGAAGGUCAUAAUCUGUGAUGACAAGUUGAAGAAGAUUUUCGGAGGUAGAGAUCGGGUUGGAUUCCUUGAGAUCGCUGGAUUGAUUAGUCCUCACUUUCUCAAGUGAUCCAAGUUAAGAAAAAUUAUGGAAUGAAAUCUCUCUCUUUUUUCAUUUUUUCUUUUUGUGAAUUAGAUUCUAGAAUGGAUAUUUGGAGGAUAUAUCUUUUAGGACUCAAAUAUGCGGU